AUGACCACGCGAAACAUUUCUCGAUUUUGGGAAUGGGGCAGGAAGAUAAUCUGCGUGGGGAGAAACUACGCUGACCACGCGAAAGAGCUGAAAAACGCGAUUCCCACAGGGCCCGUCCUGUUCCUGAAGCCACCUUCAGCUUAUGUGAGAGAGGGCUCCCCGAUCCUCGUGCCUCUCUACUCCAACAACCUGCACCAUGAGGUGGAGCUGGGGGUCGUCAUUGGGAAAGGGGGCACAGCCAUUCCUCAGUCUGCCGCUAUGGAGCAUGUAGCAGGAUAUGCUUUGUGCUUAGACAUGACAGCCCGGGACGUCCAGGACGAGUGUAAGUCCAAGGGUCUGCCCUGGACCCUGGCCAAAGCCUUCAACACCUCCUGUCCUGUCAGUGAGUUCAUCCCCAAAGAGCGCAUCCCUGACCCAGGGAGCGUCAACCUGUGGCUGAAAGUCAACGACCAGCUGAAGCAGAGCGGCUGCACCUCCCAGAUGAUCUUCUCCAUCCCCUACCUCAUCAGCUACAUCAGCGACUUCAUCACACUAGAGGAAGGGGAUCUCAUCCUGACCGGGACCCCUAAGGGAGUCUCCGCCGUGCAGGAGCAUGAUGAGCUGCAGGCUGGGAUCGAGGACGUGGUCACCAUGAGCUUCAAAGUGGACAGACAGGAUCACUAG